CGACACGAGGCGAGGCAGGCGUGUGCUGAGCGUCCUCUCUCGUUCACCUUGGCGAGGCGACCAAGCAAGUUUUUGUAUUUUCCAACAAACAUUUGCCAUUCGAAGCUGAGACCAUGUCAAGUGAAGAGGAAGCCACAGCUGCUAAUGUGCUGUCUCAGAUGUCGCAAAUCCAACAAGUUAAUCCUUGUGAAACUAUAGACGCAACUGUCGUCAUUGGACAUCAUUGUGAUGUGGAGACUACCAAUUCACAAGCAGAUCCUACACAAGAGACUACAGUUGAAGUUACACCUGAAGUCUUACAACAAGUACAGGUUGCUUUUCAACAAGACCUACCACAAUUAGAAACAGGAUUUGUUGAUGUUUCCAAAAGUGAUGACAUAUCCCACGAGGAAAUGCAGGAGAGUGUGCCUGCUAUAAAUGAUGCCAGCAUGCAAUGUACAACAUGUGUUAAGCCAGGCAAGCCAUAUAGUUGCGAUUACUGUGGUAAAAUAUUCAACAAGUCAUACAACCUCAAGACACACAUCAGAGUCCACACAGGAGAAAGACCAUACCAGUGUGAUUCAUGUGGUCAUGGCUUUGCAAACCUUGGCGAUUUAAAAAGACAUUUGAGGACUCAUACUGGAGAAAAACCAUUUAAGUGUGAAUUUUGYGGGAAACUUUUCUCAGACUUCGGAAGUCAUAAGAGACACCUUCGUCUGCAUACCGGCUUCAGACCGUUCAAGUGUGAGCAAUGUGUUCGAGAGUUCACUCGGCUGGACAGUUUUAAGAACCAUAUGAGGCUACACACAGGUGAUCGUCCAUACAAAUGUGAUACUUGCAGCAAGGAAUUCAACUAUCUCACUACAUACAAAAGACAUCUCAACAUACACAAGGGUGAAAAACCCUAUUCCUGCGACCAGUGCGAUAAGAAGUUUACCCGACAAAACUACUUAAAAAAUCACAUGAAUACUCAUGUGAAGAUCACCAGUCAAGAAUGUCAGACAGACACAGAUCUUAUGAUUGAGAUAUUAGAUGAUGACUCACAGGUCAAAAUGACAUCAAGUGAAGGGCAAGUGGCUGCCGAUAACCUGGCGAAAGUUUCAUUACCACAGCUUGAGAAUGAAGCAGAAAGAACUAUUAUGACGGAAGAGGAUAGUGGAAAAAUGGAAGAACAGGGUUCCACUAAACAAGCUGACCUGAAAUCCAACGAAUCUUUACUUCGGCAAGUUACCCAAGUUCUUGGGGAUUUAAUCCCACAUAAUAUGAGUGCUGAGUUGACAGAAAAUGGUUCAGGAUCACAAAUUGUUGCACAAGGAGCAGAGCAAGGAGGAGAGUUUAAGGUGUCGCUUGCUCAGCAACUGCUGAUAGCACAACACAUUUUAAGUCAGGCUCAAAUUCAGAGGACAGAUAUACAAAAUAGCGAAGGCACUGAACCAGGUGGUGCCUCUGUCACCACAGUAUCCAUCCCUGAAAUCAGCCCUGAACUUGCCGAACGGAUCGUGAGUCAAGUUGCGUUACAGCAAGAAUCCCAGUCUGGCCAAACUAGUGACGUCCUGUCACAAAACAAUGUCCAAGUCAUAGAGGUGUGUUCUGGCAACCACGCCCAAAAUACCGAAGGGCAAAACCUUGUAGUCGAGGGACACCUUAUUGCGCAAGAACAGCUCGCUGAACAAGUAUCGAUGCAAGCAGAUUGCGUGGUGACACAAAGUGUCUUUGAUCAGAGGAAUGUCGUGACGACGUCUAGUCAGUCAAGUCAGGGCACCAGUGCUGUAUAUGUAGCCAUUGACCCGUCACAACCAGACGUACAGCAGUAUUUAGGUGAAAUACAAGUACUUCAGUCUUCAGACAACAUAACUGUCAUGCAGACUGGGGAUCAGUAGUCAUACGGUAGUCUCUUAUUAAAGUGCCAUCUUCAGGGAAGUGUUAGGUAUCUGCUCAAUACAGGUUGACCGAUUAACAGAGAUAGACUUACUGCCAUGCAGACUGGGGAUCAGUAAUCAUACAGUAGUCUCUUAUUAAAGUGCCAUCUUCAGGGAAGUGUUAGGUAUCUGCUCAAUACAGGUUGACCAAUUAAUAGGGUAGAAGUACUUCAGACAACAUAACUGUCAUGCAGACUGGGGAUCAUUCCUGAGACAGGAAAACGUGCAUACAGUAGUUCCUUCAUUAACAUCCAUCUUCAGGGAAGUGUUAGGUAUCCACUCAAUACAGGUUGACCGAUUAAUAGAGGUAAAAAUUACUGCAAAAACCCUCGUUGGGACUUUGAGAACUGGUCAGAUAGAGGUCGACCGAAUAACAAAAGUUCUGAUAUAUAUUAUCAUUAAUGUAUCAGUAUCAAUUCUUUGCCGUCUACUUUACGCUGAUAACUAUUUAAUAAAACAAUUACGCAUUCAAUAAAUUACUUACUCAAUUAAAUAAAGGUGCCUGAGAAUUGAAA